ACCUUCGCGUUUGUCCUCACUCCCUUUGAGCCUGGAGAAACGGCCUGUGGGUUUAAGUCCCAAAACUUUUCUAGGCCUGAGAUUCAUAAAAAUAGAAAGAAGAUUCUGGCAGAAAGAGAGGAAAUUGUGUGUCAUUCUCAAUUAACCAAACUUCCUUGAAAUAGGCGCAAGAAAUACCCGGCAAUGAUUUACAAAGAAGGAAGAGAAAACAUAAAUGGUAACCACAUGGAUGGUCGGGUCCUGGAGCUUGCCUCUGUGUGUCAUGCUAUCUAAAUUCGCUUUCUUCAAUCAGUCCUCCACCUGGCAUCACCAGGCCCUUACCUGUGGGGAGAUCUUGGGACCAACAGAACCAAGAGAGGAGCCUCCACCCACCAGCCCAAAGAGGAAGAGGGACUUGUCAUCGGAUUCUGAGGAUAACCUGUCAGAGCUGCUAGAACCUGAUCCCAAGUUGGUGUGGUCUAUAGAGACACUGUGUGGGCUCAGAAUGAAGCUGAAGAGGAGGCGCGUGUCUACAGUGAGGCCUGAACACCAUGAGGUUUUCACCAGGCUGCUGGAGGAUCCUGUGGUAAAAAAAUUCCUGGCCUGGGACAAGAUGCUGAGAGUGUCUGAUAAGUACCUCCUGUCUAUGGUCAUAGCUUAUUUCAGCCGUGCUGGGCUCUUCUCCUGGCAGUAUAGGCCAAUCCACUUCUUCCUGGCUCUGUACCUGGCCAAUGACAUGGAGGAGGACAACCAGGCCCCUAAACAAGACAUUUUUUACUUCCUCUACGGGAAGAGCUAUGCCCAGCGCCCCAUGUUCCACAAACUGCGGUUCCAGUUCAUUCGAUCCAUGCGCUGGAGGAUCUGGGUGUCUCGGGAGGAGUGUGAAGAGAUCCAGGCUUACAACCCAGAGCUGUGGGUGUGGGCACGAGAUCGCACCAAACUGACCUACAACCCCUAGAUCCAUGGAGGCCUGAGGCCACUGAUCUGAGAUAGAUCCCUGCCUGAGGGAGACACUCUAUGCCAACAUUAAGGACAGCUGGGGGAGAGGAGAGAGGACUGCCUUCCACAGGAAACUAGAGGAACCCAGACUCUUCUAGAAGGAGUGGAAUGGAAUCACCACACUGUGCUCCUGGGAGCAGCAACACUUGUAGGGGGCUCUGGAGGGAAAGAAGGCAGGAUUCCUCAGGGUCGGUUCUACUCAGCGGCACUGUCUAAUUGUUAUCCCAAAUGUUCUCAGUCCCAUCUCCCCCAAGGUAGCAGCCCUGUGGAUUCCAAUAAUUGGUCUCUGCAGUCUCGGGCCACUUGAAGGAGACACCUCAGUGCUCAGAUGAGGAGGGAACUUCCUUCAAAAUACAGAAUUUGAGUAAUAUAUUUAUAAUAGAAAGUAUUAACUAAUAUAUUUCAUUAUUUUUAUUGGAGUCUACAAAUGUUUGUUACAGAAUUCUUCAUUUUGAAUAGUUUUGAGAUAUUGUGGAUUGAAAACAGAGUUCUCACAGUUUUGUGAUGGGCGUUAUAACUUUCAUGUGUCUAAGUAGUCUCACUCUAAGAGUAGUUUCAGGUUUUUUAUCUAUUUGUUUUGUUUUGAGACAGACCUUCACUAUGCAGCCCUGCCUGGCCUUGAACUUGCUUCAU